UUCCCUCCUCCUGCUGCUGCUGUAAUGUCUGUGAGAGAGAAGUUCUCUCCUCAGUAACAGUGAUUGUCAGACACUAGAGAGUUUGCUAAAUACACAGUUCAUAGGGCUUCUGAGGCACAAUCCUGUGGUGAUAUUUGUUUGUUUAAAUGCACUAAUAGAAUAGUUCUAUGAAACAACAGGGAGACAUUGUUUUGCUUUCCCACAUCCCCUCAUCCUAGUUAAUGGCUGCAGCCUCUCUUUAUGGCUUUGCUGCAAGUUUGGGUGAUCCCAUUCCCCAGGAGAGGCGUGUGUGGGGCCUGUCAGCAGAACAAGGGACAGAUGUUAUAGAGGGUAAUUCUAAGCAACUCGGCCCUCGUUUUCAAAAUGUGGGUCACUGACCAUCUAAAAAGAAACGCUCUGUAAGGCUAUGGGCUCACAGGCUGAAGGCUCCGGCCUGCAAACACACACAGGCUGAGAGAAGCAGAUCUGCUCAGUGUCCUGCUCCAUUCACUUGAAUCAGCCUGUGUCACAUACAGUGGAACUGAGAUCAGCCCUGAGAUGUCUCCUUUCAUGUAUUUGGGCUGAUCUCAGUUCCACUGUAUGUGACACAGGCUGAUUCAAGUGAAUGGAGCAGGACACUGAGCAGAUCUGCUUCUCUCAGCCUGUGUGUGUUUGCAGGCCGGAGCCUUCAGCCUGUGAGCCCAUAGCCUAAGGCUACAAAAUGUUAUUGCUGCUUUUUAUUCCUCCUCUUUCUAUUCAGGCCUCUCCUAUUCAUAUUCCUGAUAAAUCUGCAGCGGGUUCCUGUACAUGGCAUUUCAGAUGGAAUGAAAUAAAGGGAGGCUGUUGGCUCACUGUGGCUGCUCAUGUGCCAGGGAUAUAGUGAGACUGUAACUCUCUAUUGCUGAAUACAGAGGUGCAAGGAAUUCCUUGUUAAAGGGCUUCCCCGGAGCCACAACCAGAAAUAUUACAGGGAAUGGAAGAACUGAACACUGAAAGUUUAGCAGUGCCAGUUAGUGAUGGGGAUGAUCUAUAUUCCCAUUCAGCUGUACAGAAUAUGGAAACACUUAUAAUAAAAGCAGUGGCCUCUCUAACCAUAAGAAACACCACACAGGGGAGAAAUCCUAUUUAUGUACAGACUGUGGGAAGUUGAUUUAUGUAAAGAGACACAUUCAAAGUCAACGGAAAAUUCACCUGCUCAGAAUGUGGAAACAAUUCUCUUUAAAGUUUGAACUUGGAAAGAACACAGGAGAGAAACCAUCUACAUGUACAGACUGUGGGAAAUCAUUCACUCAAAAGCCCCCCUUCAUAGUCACCAGAAAAGUCACGCUGGGGAGAAACCAUUCACCUGAUUAGAAUGUGGGUUUUUGCUGGAUGACGCCGCUCUGUGGAGUUGGAUUUAAAUCAAUCACAUAUUGAUAGCGCUCAGAAGGAAAAAGGAGCAAAAGUUUUUUGGAAGCCUUGAUAAAGUGAUCACACUGAUUAGACCUUCUAAAAGGAAAGAAUACGCACGAGAGGGACAAAUUGAGGUUCGAGGUGGUGGACGUGCCUCAGCAGACAAGCACAAAUUACAACAAAGAACAACUUUAUUUCAAUACCUACUACAUUUCAAUAUUACAGAAUUAUAAAUCUACAGAAAUGAUGAUCAGCACAUAUUUACAUAUGUUCAUAUUUAUCGUUGGACUAUGUCUACAUUACUUUUAUACACAAUCAGAUAAUUCUAAAACGCAUCAGCAAACUGAAGUGAAUGAGAAGAUUUGGCCAGACCAAGUAUCAAGCAAUACAGAUCAGUCUACAGGAAACCAAUGGAAUUAUAUAGAAAAUACUGUCAUUACUGCUGCUCUAGUGACAAUAUGUUUGCUAGGAGCUGCUGGAUGGUUUCAAUAUUAUUGUAUGAAGAAGAUGGAGAAGGCUUUUUAUAAUGAAGAAAAGAAAACAGAGCAGUCUAUGCUGCCUGAAUCUAAAGCCGCUACAAGGACUUCUGAUCCUGAAUCAUUGAUAGGCCAAACAGAAGAUGAUGAUGAUGAUUAUGAAACAAUAGAAGAAACAGUAGUUUAUUAUGAUGAUGAUGAAGAAGAAAAAGAUGAUGAUGAUUAUGAAACAAUAGAAGAAACAGUAGUUUAUCAUGAUGAUGAUGAAGAAGAAAAAGAUGAUGAUGAUGAAAAAGAAGAAUUGGUUAAGAAACCAGUAGAGUUAGAAAAACUGGUUGAUGAUGAUAACAGUGAAAACCAUAAGGGGUGAGUUUGCUGAACUGUUCAUAAAUGAACAUAAAUAAAGGAAUAUUGCACUAUUGUGUCAGGGGUUUUAACACCAAAAAUGUGUUUUAAUAUUUUUGUAUUUCUUUUAUUUUAGGACUUAU